UUCAAACGCACUUCCAAACGAUAAUAACAUAUAUCCAUCAUCUCAAUACCCAAUCGGACCUCAAUUACAAACCCCACUUCCAACACAACCCACACUAUUAAAUCAACAACAGGAUAUUCCAAAUACUUCGACUUCACAACCACAAAUGCAACCUCCAAUUUUUUCUCAACAACAUCAGAAUCAUUUCCCACAAACAAAUCAUACGAUUUCAUGUACUCAAAAUCAUAAUUAUCAGAUUGAAGAAUUGCUGAAUCGUGUACAUCAAUUGGAAGCUUUAUUACGUCAAAAUAAUAAUGCUUUAAUGAAAA